UGGGGGCGAUAAGCUUGUUUCGAUUGCUAUUUUAGUUUGAAAUAGGGCGGAAAAUUGUAAUUUUCGUGUCUACAUUGGCCGCUUCCAGCCCCUGGAAUGUCUCUCCUGUGUAACACUGGCGAUUGGUUCACGCUGGGCCAUGGCAAUUCUUACAGAAAAAUCGAUCUGUACACAAUGGACUGGCCAGCUAGUAUUAAUCUCGAGCAGAUGACGGUGCACGCAGCUUCCUAUGGUGGACCCAUCGCUCUGGUUAAAGAUUUUAAGCAGUUCCUCAAGCUCUCCGGUACCGGAACUGCCAAACCGAUGAUUCGGAUUUUUAACUGCGCUGGAAAGCUGAUUUCUUCUAUUACGUGGGAUAAUGGCAAUCUGGUGUGUAUGGGUUGGUCAGAUGCGGAGGAAUUUCUCUGUGUCCAGGAUGAUGGCUUUGUAUGGAUCCACGACAUGUUCGGAAACUUUCAGCACAAGUUUAGUAUGGGCAAGGACGUGACGGAGGUGAUCGAAGCGAAAAUUUUUGCGUCGAGCUCCGGAACGGGUGUAGCGGUUAUCACAGCUAGCUACAAGAUUUACAUCGUAAACAGCAUCAAAGACCCGAAAUCGCGACCCUUGUCCGAGUUGUUGACUCUAUCCAAAGACUUGACCUGCUGGGAAUUGGUUUCGAAGGAACGCAACACCUGCUGCCUGCUGGCCCGAGAUACGGAAAUAAUUCACGUUCGGCAUGGGGAUAGUGCUCCGUUAACUCAUGUAAUUACCAUGAAAAGCGAAUUCAGUAGCAUUCUGGCUAUGUCAGUAUCCUUCAAUCAUCGUCACCUGGCGUUGUACACCAACACAGGAGUGCUCUGGCUGGGUUCGGCAGAUUUGAAAACAAAAUAUUGCGAGUAUGCCACGGGUCGCAGCGAACGGCCGCAGCAGAUUAUGUGGUGCUGUGACGAAGAACCACACCCCGAUCGUCAGGCGGUUGUUGUGAGCUAUCCUUCGAUGGUUUUGGUUGUUGGAAUGACCGGAGAUUCCAACAUUUACACGUAUGAUUCUCCUACGGUGUUGAUCCAGGAGAUGGACGCUGUACGGAUCCUAACCAAUGGAUACCACGAACUGAUUCAGCGGGUACCAAAGUGUACAAGCAACAUUUUCGGUAUUAACAUCAGCGAGCCCGCGAGCUUCCUGUUCGAGGCACAUAGGAAAUUUCAGGAACGUAGUCAUCAGUCCGACGAAUAUCUGUGUUUGAUACAAAACCGUUUGGCAUCGGCCGUUGGGGAGUGUGUGCAAGCCGCCGGACAGGAGUUCGACUCACACACUCAGAAAAGCCUAAUUCGGGCGGCAUAUUUUGGAAAAGGCUUUUUGUCUGGCUAUAAUCCCGAAAGCUAUAUAGAAAUGUGUCGUGUUCUGCGAGUACUCAACGCCUUACGUGACCGAAAUGUUGGAAUGCCGCUCACGUUAAGACAAUUCAAUUAUCUACAGCCGUUGGUUAUUCUGGAUCGGUUGAUUUUCCGCAAGCAUUACGCAUUAGCAAUACAGAUUGCGAAGCACCUUAAGCUACCUGAGUCGCGAAUUCUUGAACACUGGGCGUUUCACAAAAUUGUCCACGAUAAAAGUGAGUUGUUUAUGAUUGUUAUUCAACAAUUCUGUUAUCGAUCAAACGUUUUUCCAUCCACAGAUGAAGAGGAAGUGGCACGUAAAAUUUCGAACAAGUUUCUCUCGCAUCAAACCUUGGAGCGUGUCUCGUUCGCAAACGUCGCCAAAAAGGCUCAGCAGGUAGGUAAAACUAAGCUCGCCAUCACCCUGCUGGAGCAGGAACCACGCAAAAGUCUGCAAGUUCCACUGCUGCUCAAACUGGGUGCUAACGAGAAAGCCCUGAUGGCGGCAACACAAUCCGGCGACACGGACCUCAUCUACAUGGUGAUCCUGGAAAUGAAAAGUACGACCGCGUUGGCUAAGUUUCAGAUGAUUAUCCGUCGCUUUCCGCUGGCGCAGAACCUGUACAAGAAGUACUGCCAGGCGAAUAGUUUGUCCACCUUGAAGGAUAUCUACUCACAAGAGGACGAUUUUCAAUCGCAAGCCGAGCUGGGCCUUCGUGAAGCGCUAGAAAUUAGCAACGUUGAAGUCUCCAUUCCGGACAUUAGUGGCAAUUACAAGAAGGCUGGCAAGACACUGGAGACGGAGUCCUGCGAUGAGGCGAAAAAAUUGAUGAAACACCAGAAAACCCUAGAUGAGAAGUAUCAGAAACGUUUAUAUGGACUUCCGCUGCAUGCAACGAUUCGACAGCUGCUCCUUCUGGGCGAUCUGAAAUACGCAGAGCGGUUGAAGAGCGAAUUUCGCAUGCCGGACCGUCGCUUUUGGUGGCUGAGAAUUCAAGUUCUAUCCCAGCAGUUCCAGUGGGAUGAACUGGAGCGGUUUUCCAAAGCGAAAAAGAGCCCUAUCGGGUACGAGCCGUUCGUGGAGGUUUGCCUCCGGCAGCGAAAGGUAGAAGAAGCCAAGCGAUACUUGCCGCGCUGCAGUGAGGAGAACAAACUCAAGUGGUACAUACGGGCCGGUUGCUACGUCGAGGCUGCCACCAUUGCCUACGAGCAGAAGGAUAUCGAUAGUCUACUGAAAAUCUACGACUAUUGCUCCAACGAUCCGGUUUUGUCGGCGAAAGUGGAGAAUCUGAUCGGGCAGCUGUCGUCCAAGAAAUGAACGGUUUCUAGUGAGAAGCGGUGUUUUUUUGUUAGUCGCAUUUGAAUUAUUUAGCAGUUGUAUAAAGUUAACCUCUCAUUAUCAUAAUCCUACCUAAUAAUAUUAUAAAUAGACUAACGUGAAUAGAAACGUUCAUUCAUUUUGUAACCGUGGAUUAAGUGAUAAAUACUGAGUAAAAGCUCAUGUAAUU